AUGGCAGACGCCGGUUUGGACUGGGCCGAUCGCCCAGGAUCCAACCGCGCGUCAUCAUCAGAUGAGGACUUCGUCUCCAGCCAAAGCACUGCCUCUGCAGAAACCGACGCGAUCACUAAGCAUCAUCUACCGACUGCACUCGGCCAUCUCCAUUUGCAGCAUACAGCUUCAAGCCCUAGCUCUGAUGAACAUAAUCCCACUCAGACAUCGACGCCUGGCACCGCAGCUUCGAUGGAGAUCCUAUCGGACACGGAAGCAGGUACGAAACGAAUGCAGCUUCUGGAUCUGCCGUUGGAUGUUCUCAAAGACAUUAUCAAGGAGGUUACGCAUACUAACGACCUCACUUCGCUUGCUUUGACAUGCUCUGCGCUCCAUGCCUUGACAAUUCCGCACAUGUACUCACGCUUCGACAUCGUCUGGCCGGAAUCGCUGAAUCCCACCACCGAGGACUACUCUGGAGUGGAUGCCUUGUCAUACGGGUUAUCAACGCUAGUGAUGGGGGAGGACGUCUUUAAUCGCCCGUCACCUCCUAGGUACGACAAACCGGUCUGCGCAUGUUCAAACUGCGGCUGUGACGACUAUGGACAUCAAUCGUCGCAGACGCGUGGAUCUGAAUUUGGGUUUCAACCGCGACGAGGGAACUAUUACGCUCAGUACACUCGCACAUUCUCCAUCGGAAAUGGUCCAGUGAGCUGGGUUCAGGAGUACUCCGUGAACAGAGAGGUGGGCAAGAUGCUGGGUACACUCGUUGCGUUGGCUGUCGCGCGGAUGGUCAACCUCGAGGCCUUUGUCUGGGACAUGCCGACGGGCGUUGUUCGUGAGAUAUGGCUAGCACUCGCUUCACUUGCAGACCGACCGGGUCGUCGUUGUCGUCUAGAGCGCAUCUGGGUGCGUUGGCACGAUAAUUCGGAGAACCUUCUGCGCAUGUCGAACGUGACUCCUGGCGGUCGCUCACUUCAAAAAUACCGGCAUGUGGAACAUCCAUCUCUAUCUGUAUUGCCGCCGCUCAAGAGUGUUGCGGUUCUCGACAUCGACGAACCGGCAUACGUGGAAGAGUUGGGUGUUCUUAUUGAACGAUCCCGUCGUGGUCUAGUAGAGCUGCGCAUUGGCAUUUCCAUCAAGGCACAUUUGGCUAAUUGGGUAACUUGCAAAAAGGAGAACCGAUACGUUGUGGGAGUCCUCGAUGGGCUGGCCGAAGACUGGGGGAACGACGAUGCCACGACUUCCUCGGAUGGUGGCCUCGUCCCCUCGGAUUCUUCAGCAUCAUUGCCUAAAGAUCAACACAAAAAUGGGACCUCCACUCAAACUGCAAGCGUAUCAACUGGUCUCAAUCAGCCCAGCGGGGAGUCACAUUCUGCAUCCCCUCAUCGCCCAGCUCGUUUACCAGACCUCUUCGCUCGGUCAAGUGAUGAACAGUUGAACCUUGAGGUUCUUGAACUGGAGCGUGUCCCUCUCUCUAUAGCAACACUCUUGCCAACUUUGGACUGGACUCGUCUAACUACUCUUACGCUGAUGCGAUGCCACGAUCACGAGAAUCUGUGGAGAGCUCUUCGUCGUAAAUACGCUCCGCCUGCACUUCCACCAAAGCGAUCGCAUAACACUAACCAGGGUCAAUCAAGCUAUGAUGCACCAGGUGCCCCAGAGUACUCGCUGAAUAUCAAGAAUCUGCGAACAGACACCGUUUCUUCGUAUCUCAUGCUCUUCAUCAAAGAUACUUUGGCCCCAAAUACCUUGGAGAGUGUGUACUUGAAUGAAGGAGCGGGCUAUGAAUCAUCUGUUCAUAUUGAUGCCAUCUACAAACACAUCCUUCGAAAGCAUCGACUGAGCCUGCGAAAGGUAUCAAUAGAUGCUUCCGAAAGAUUCGGGAUAUCAGACAAUCGACAUGGGAAUGUUGACGCAAUGAGUCAUCGCUGGCACAAAUGGAUGUUCAAUCACGAAAUGAUCUCAUUCGUGACAAGCGGGCGAAUGCCGCAGCUAAGAGAGCUAGGAAUGGCGAUGCAUUACCGGGACUGGCACUAUUUCCUCCAACGACUCCCCCACAUGGCUCAGCUCCGCGCAUUAUACCUCCUCAACAUAAGUCACAGUCUCCACCGCGACCUCAAAGAACUCGCACUCCAAGUCCUCGACAUAGUCAGCAUCCGCCCCGACCUCAAAAUCACAUACAUCGGACUAGAGACCAAAUGCUAUCAAAUCCUGGAAGCAACGUCCGCUGGCGACUUUGAAACCCCCCAAGCAAACAACACCUCUGCGGGGAGUGACGACUUCGUCUUCGACCCCGCUGCCAUAACAGACGAAGACAACGAGGACGAGUCAGCGCAGCAAGACCCUGAUCUCAUGUCCAGCAAUUCCUCGGAAGACGACUAUGACGCAGACCUCGACGAAAGCAUAUCACACGUGAGGUUCACGUUACAAGAGAUUCUUUUUUAUGAUGAUAAGGGCAUUGCAAUCUACGGAGUUGUGGUCUUGGAGAUCACUUAA